CUAAUACCGAGAAGCUACAAACCUGGAAUUUUUAUUUUGAGGGGCUAUAAAAAAAAUGAAUGACCGUCGAAUGUCGCUUAAGCAACUCGUGAAAUUAUUAAAUAUGAAGGGGAAGAUGUCCUUAACCAGCGCACUGCGUGGGAUUGUUUUGAAAAAUUUAACAGUGGAGAUACGAUGUUGGAAAAGAAGAAGGGUUCUGGGGACUAUUAAUGGAUAUUGAUGAGGUUCUGCAGAAAGCUGUUGAAUAAAAUCCAU